AGCUCUUGAGGAUUUGUCAGCCAGAUGUGACAAGAUUGUCGAGAGGCUAGUGAAGGAGGAGAUCUGAUAUUAAUCAGCGCAUAGCUCGGAGCCAAACUUUCUCAAAUGUGGUGUAGAAACAUGUUCUUCUCAUUUAAGGCGUCUCUUUGUGGCCGUGGGGCUGCCACCGGCCCGCGUUUGACAGCUAUCGGCUGUUCUCUGAACUGUAGUUGCCAAAGUUUCAAACCUGGGAAAAUAAACCACCGUCAGUGUGAACAGUGCAGACAUGGAUGGGUGGCCCAUGCUCUAAGUAAACUGAGGAUCCCCUCCAUGUAUCCAACAAGCCAGGUGGAGAUUGUCCAGUCCAAUGUGGUGUUUGAUAUUAGCAGCCUCAUGCUCUAUGGGACCCAGGCCAUCCCUGUUCGCCUGAAAAUUCUACUGGAUCGGCUCUUCAGUGUGUUGAAGCAAGAUGAGGUUCUCCAGAUCCUCCAUGCUUUGGACUGGACCCUUCAGGAUUACAUCCGUGGAUACGUACUACAGGAUGCAUCAGGAAAGGUGUUGGAUCACUGGAGCAUCAUGACCAGUGAGGAAGAAGUGGCCACCUUGCAGCAGUUCCUUCGUUUUGGAGAAACCAAGUCCAUAGUUGAGCUCAUGGCAAUUCAAGAGAAAGAAGAACAAUCUAUCAUCAUACCACCCUCCACAACGAACGUAGAUAUCAGGGCUUUCAUUGAGAGCUGCAGCCAUAGGAGUUCUAACAUCCCCACUCCUGUGGACAAAGGAAACCCCAGCAGUAUGCACCCCUUUGAGAACCUCAUAAACAACAUGACUUUCAUGCUGCCUUUCCAAUUCUUCAACCCUCUGCCUCCUGCACUGAUAGGGUCACUUCCCGAACAAUACAUGCUGGAGCAGGGUCAUGACCAAGAUCAGGACCCCAAACAGGAAAUCCACGGGCCCUUUCCUGACAGCAGCUUCUUAACUUCCAAUUCCACAUCAUUUCAGGUUGAAAAAGAGUAUUUAAACUGUCCAGAUGCUGUUACUAAAAAAGGAGACAGUGCCCAUUUAAGUGACUCUAAUUCAUACAACAUUGUCGCAAAGCUUGAAAGGACACAGUUAUCCCCUGAGACCAAAGUGAAGCCCGAGAGGAACAGCCUUGGCACAAAGAAGGGCCGGGUGUUUUGCACUGCAUGCGAGAAGACCUUCUAUGACAAAGGUACCCUCAAGAUCCACUACAAUGCUGUCCACCUGAAGAUCAAGCAUAAAUGUACCAUUGAAGGGUGUAACAUGGUAUUUAGCUCCCUGAGGAGUCGGAACCGCCAUAGUGCCAACCCCAACCCUCGGCUGCACAUGCCAAUGAAUAGAAAUAACCGGGACAAAGAUCUCAGGAACAGCCUGACUCUGGCCAGUUCUGAGAACUACAAGCGCCCAGGUUUCUUGCUGACAUCUCCAGACUGUAGGCCUCUCCCCAGCUACAGUGGUUUAGGGGAGGAUUCCAAAGGCCAGUCAGCCUUCCCAAGCAUUGGGCAAAAUGGUGUGCUUUUUCCCAACCUAAAGACAGUCCAGCCAGUCCUUCCUUUCUACCGCAGUCCAUCCACUCCCGCUGAGCUGGCAAACACGCCUGGGAUGCUGCCUUCUCUCCCUCUGUUGUCCUCUUCAAUCCCAGAACAGCUGGUUUCAAACGAAGUGCCAUUCGAUGCCCUUCCCAAGAAGAAAUCCCGUAAGUCCAGUAUGCCUAUCAAAAUAGAGAAGGAAGCUGUGGAAAUAGCUAAUGAGAAGAGGCACAACCUCAGCUCGGAUGAAGACAUGCCCCUGCAGGUGGUCAGUGAAGAUGAGCCAGAGGCCUGCAGUCCUCAGUCAGACAGAGCACCUGAGGAGCAGCACACACAGUCAGAAAGUUUAAGGAAGUCUCUCACUGAAGGAGAAAGGCCCUGCCAUCUCCCAUCAGUGAAUGAGUCCAGUGGAACCAUCAGCCAAACCCCUGAACAGGCCACACACAACUCAGAGAGGGAGACUGAACAGAAGCUGGCAUUGACCAUGGUGCCAAGGGAGGUUGAGGAUGGUGGCCGUGAACACCACUUCACACAUGGGAUGGAACCCCGAGUUUCUUUUCCUGACUACGUGGAACUGCAACAGCGCCUGCUGGCUGGGGGACUCUUCAGUGCUUUGUCCAACAGGGGAAUGGCUUUUCCUUUUCUCGAAGAUCCUAAAGAACUGGAGCACAUGGGUCAGCAUGCAUUAGCGAGGCAAAAGGAAGAAAAUCCCUUCCAGUGUAACAUCUGCAAAAAGACCUUUAAAAAUGCUUGCAGUAUGAAAAUGCACCAAAAGAAUAUACAUGCCAAAGAAACACACACGUGCACAGUGGAGGGCUGUAAUGCCACCUUCCCUUCCCGCAGGAGCAGAGACAGACACAGUUCAAAUGUAAACCUCCACCAAAAAGGCUUGAACCAAGAAGCAUUGGAAAGCAGUGAAGAUCAUUUCCGUGCAGCUUACUUUCUGAAAGAUGUGGCUAAGGAGGCCUAUCAGGAUGUGGCCUUCACACAGCAAGCCUCCCAGACAUCUGUCAUCUUCAAGGGAACAAGUCGAAUGGGCAGUCUGGUUUACCCAAUAACCCAAGUCCACAGUGCCAGUCUGGAGAGCUACAACUCUGGUCCCCUGAGUGAGGGCACCAUCCUGGAUUUGAGCACUACCUCAAGCAUGAAGUCAGAGAGCAGCAGCCAUUCCUCUUGGGACUCUGAUGGGGCAAGUGAAGAAGGCACCGUGCUUAUGGAGGACAGUGAUGGGAACUCUGAAGGGCCGAGCCUUGUCCCCGGGGAAGACGAGUACCCCAUCUGUGUGCUGAUGGAGAAGGCUGACCAGAGCCUUGCCAGUCUACCUUCUGGUUUGCCCAUUACCUGUCACCUCUGCCAAAAGACAUAUAGUAAUAAAGGGACCUUUAGGGCCCACUACAAAACUGUGCACCUCCGCCAGCUCCACAAAUGCAAAGUGCCAGGCUGCAACACUAUGUUUUCAUCUGUUCGCAGUCGAAACAGACACAGCCAGAAUCCCAACCUGCACAAAAGCCUGGCCUCAUCUCCAAGUCACCUUCAGUAACAAGAUGGCAGAACAGUAUGCUCAGAUAAGCGUUUGUCAUAAUUUAGGAAUAAGGUAGUCCAAAGAAAUGUUUAAUACCAUUUGGGGCAAG